CGAUACAUUUAUGGUGUGACAGUGACGUCACAGUCGGAAAAAUGGCGGUGUGGAGUGGUCUUGUCCGUUCGGCUCUGCCAAUUUUCAGCAGAAACAAAAAUCUAGUGGUGAACAAUUUGGUGAAAAAUGGGACAAUCACGAGAAACAUGUCUGGCCAUGAGAGAACGAUGCCAAUUGUCCCAUCUCGCUGGAUGUGGGACAAAACGAAGGAUUUUUACCAUCUCUACAUCAUGGUAGCUGCUAUUCCAAUUGGACUGACCAUUUUUUACACCAGUGCUUUCAUUGGACCUGCGACACUAACCGCCAUCCCGGAGGGAUAUGAACCCCAAGAAUGGGAAUAUUACAGGAGUCCAAUCACCAGAUUCCUCCAACGCUAUGUAUUCACGACAGAUCAAAAGGAGUACGAGAAGUACUGUCACUUCCUCUGGACUGAACAAGAGGUCAUAAAAUGUCGUGAACUUGAGAGCAAAGUCAAGGCUUUAAUUAAAGACCGCAAGGAUUACCAGGCUUACUACUAUCUUCCCUACACCAGUGCUACAUACAUGCGUAGAAUGGCUCAAAAGGAGAAAGACCAGCAGGAACUUUUCAGUGGUAGUUAAACGACUACAAGGAUUACCCUAAUUAAUCAACAGAAUUCAGCGAACAUGAAUUGAACCUGGAAAUACAUCGUAAUCGGGCUCUUAGCAUCCAGUUGGUCAUUAUAGCUUCAUUUUUAGUGGUGAAUAUUAAUUGUACAGUUAUUAAAAUAAAUGAUUAAUCUUAACCAAA